AUGGCUGAAAUCGUUGCUACCGCUCUCAUCAGUGUGCUGUGUGAGAAACUCAUCUCUGUUGACUUGAUGAAGCUGGCACGAUCUGAAGGAAUUGAUUCCCAGAUGAAAAAAUGGAAGAAGACCUUGCCCAUGAUCCAAGCUGUGCUUGCUGACGCAGGACAAAAUCAGAUAAAAGAGAGAGCCGUUCAACUGUGGCUCGACAAUCUCCAAGAUUUGGCUUACGACAUAGACGAUGUACUCGAUGAUUUGGCUACCGAAGCUAUUCAACGCAAGUUGGAUCGGGAAUCUGAUGCCGACACUAACUCCAGUUCCAGCACUAGUAAGGUAGUCAAGUUCAUCCCAACUUGUUGUACUAAUUUCAGUCCUAGGUAUGGUCGUCGGUUGAGUUCUACGAUAGAUGAGAUUACCACAAAAUUGAAUGAUCUUGUUGAGGUGAAAAACGGUCUGGGUUUUGUUGUAAAUGUGAACGUUGACAUCGCAAAUAGAACUGAGAGACGAUUGGAGCAAACUUCACUGGUUGAUGAGUCCAAAAUCAUGGGUCGUGAAGGGGAUAAAGAAGCAUUGUUGGGGAAGUUGUUAGGGAAUGAUGAAAAAAUGAGGAUAGUGUCCAUAGUUGGUAUGGGCGGGAUUGGAAAAACCACUCUUGCUAAAGUUUUGUACAACGAAGAGAAAGUGAAGGAUCACUUUGAACUCAGGGCAUGGAUUUGUGUCUCUGAAGAGUUGGAUGUACUUAAUAUUAGCAAGGUUAUAUUUCAAGCAGUAACUGGGAAAAACAGAGAUUUUGCUAAUCUUGAUCUGCUUCAUGUGGCCCUCAAAGAAAAACUUUUAAAGAAAAGAGUUGCAUCGGUGGUGGACUCUGACGAAUCUUACUAUUUGGAGCUUUUGUCAAAUGAAGAUGCUCUAUCUUUAUUUGCUCAACAUUCGCUUGGUGAAAACAACUUCGACAACCAUCCAACACUUCAAUUGCAUGGUGAAGGUAUUGUGAAGAAAUGUGGUAGAUUGCCUUUGGCUUUGAAAACACUUGGGAAUGUCUUAAAGGGAAAUAGAAAUGGUGAUGAAUGGGAGAAGUUGUUGAAUAGUGAGAUAUGGGAUAUACAGGAUGGAAGUGAGAUUCUUCCGGCUCUACGACUAAGCUACAAUCAUCUCCCUCCACAUUUAAAGCUGUUGUUUGCAUAUUGUUCCUUAUUUCCAAAAGACUAUGUGUUUGACAAAAAAGAAUUAGUCCUACUGUGGAUGGCAGAAGGAUUUUUGUUGCAACCAAAUGGAAACAAGUCAAUGGAGAUUCUAGGUCAUCAAUAUUUUGAAGAGCUAAAGUCGAGAUCAUUUUUUCAACAUUCAAUGAAUGAUGAUGUAAGAUAUACUAUGCAUGAUUUGAUAAAUGACUUGGCCACAAGUGUUGCAGGAGAGUUUGUUUUUAGAUUGGAUGAUGAGAUGGAUUCGUCUGACAAGAAAGACACUUUUGAGAACUUUCGUCACUUUUCACUUGUAGGUCCACAAGGGGGAUCCUAUAGAAAGCUUAAAGAAUUACAAAGAGCUAGACGUUUACGAAGUUUCUUAACAAUGUCUCGGGUGGAUAAUUCUUUUUUUGAAUUACUUCCACAACUACAGUUCCUAAGGGUUCUAAGCCUAGCUAAUUACGUAAUCUCAGAGGUACCACAAUCCAUUGGUAGUCUCAAGCAUCUGAGGUACAUCAAUUUUUCUUAUACUACAAUCACAUAUAUACCAGAAGAAGUAAGUGACCUCUAUAAUCUACAAAGCUUGUUGGUUCAUGGUUGUUCAGAGUUAUAUGACUUGCCAAAAAGUUUCGCAAAGUUAAUAAACCUACGACAUCUCGACAUUAGUGGUACUCCAAAACUCAAGAAGAUGCCUUUAGGGAUUGGCGUAUUGACAAAUCUACAAACUCUACCCAAGGUCAUUAUUGAACGAGGUAAUGGGUUCAAAAUAUCCGAGCUUAAGAACCUUUCAGAUCUUCAAGGUCGAAUAUCGAUCAUGGGGCUAGACAAAGUGAUAAAUCCAAUACAAGCACAAAAUGCCAAUUUACAUCAAAAGAAAGGUCUUGAUGUUUUGGAGAUGAUAUGGAGUGACGUGUUUGAUGAUUCUCGGAAUGAUAUGAAUGAAUAUGAAGUACUUAAACGGCUUAGACCUCAUCAUAAGUUAAGAAACCUCGAGAUUUUGUUAUACAAGGGAACACAAUUUCCCAGUUGGGUUGGCGAUCCCUUGUUUGAUCAGUUAACUGAGCUUACAUUACGGGGUUGUAGAAGUACACAUUUACCAACACUUGGACAUCUAAGGUCACUUAGGAAAGUGUUUGUUGAAAGGAUGCAUGGGGUGAAGACAAUAGGUUUUGAGUUACUUUCACCUACAAAUUCUCUCGUUGGCAUUGCAUUUCCAUCUCUUGAAGUUUUGGAAUUUGAUGAUAUGCAAGGUUGGCAAAUAUGGUCAAGUAUUGGUGCUAGCGAUGAUGGAACUGCUAGAUCGUUUCCUUGUCUUCGUGAGAUUUCUAUAAAACGUUGCCCACUACUAGCUAAAGUAUAUAUUGGAUUUAUACCAUCGCUUCGGUUUUUACACAUAGACGAAUGUUGUGAAGUGGUGUUAAGAAGCAUGAUUGGUGUGUCUUCAUCACUUGUUGAAUUGGAAAUGUUGAAUGUUAAAGGAUUUACUCAACUACAUGGAGAAGAUUUAAUACGUCUUGGAGCAAUUGAGUAUCUAUUUUUUGAUGAAUGUGAUGAAUUGAGAUACUUGUGGGAACCAGAAUCGGAUGCGUACAAGAGUCUUGUGAGUUUAAAGAAGUUGGUGGUACAUAGUUGUUAUACACUAGAGAGUCUCAAUUGUCCAAACAGUGUUGAGAGGUUGGUGAUUAAUCGUUGUCAUUCUAUGACAUCCUUGAUCUUCUCAGUGAACGAGCUUCCAUCAUCUCUGAUUGAAACAAUCAUCUGUGAUUCUGAUAACACAGAACCCGUUCAAGAGAGAGGUUUUGGUGUUCUUCCCCCGUUAUGCCUAAGAUAUCUUGAUGUCCAUAACGGCAAGAAUCUAAAUUCAUUUCCUCAUGAUCGUUUGCAAAGUCUCACAUGUCUGGAAGAAUUGAGGAUACAUGGUUGUCCAAGUAUAGACUACUCCUUCCCUUCUGGUGUUUGGGCUCCUAAUUUAAGUAUCCUAUGCAUAGGAUGCUUAAAGAAGCCCAUGUCAGAGUGGGGCCCACAGAAUUUCCCGACCUCACUAGUUGAGCUACAGUUGUAUGGCCAUAACUCAGGGGUGGGUUCAUUUGCAGUGGGAGAAGAUGUGAGGGAGGCUACCGCUUCAUCUUUUCUUCUUCCACCAGCUUUAACAUCUCUAAUUGUCUUUGAUUUUAUGGAUGUGGAAUCACUUUCAGAGGUCGUACAACAACUCCCGUGUCUUAAAAGUCUUGACAUUUUCUCAUGUCCAAAACUUAGUGAUGUUCAUGAGAUAGCAUCCUACCGAUCAUCUUUGACAGUAUCAGUGAUUCCAUAA